AUGCUAUUCACAAAGGAGAAGCGUGACAUACGCCAUAGCUGGGGCUACAAGUAUGAGUGGACUCCUGAGCACCAGACCAAGGAGCAGAUGCGGCCACUAACCUUCAGCUACGACUUGCUCGGUGCGGACUGUUUGGACCGGCUUGACGCUAUAAGUCCGCCUCGAUCAACGAGACCAGACCCAAAGUCGACUGUGGACGACAAUACAGCAGGAACACCAGCUCCUGGCGACGGCAAGGACGCCAAACCGCGCCGUGACUUAUACGCCCUUCUCGAGCAACACCAAGCCUCAGACCCCAAGCUCAACGAGCUAUGGACACAGGUCCACACGGUCCCGUCCUGGGUUGACUGGGACCAGAUAAAAAGAGGGCAAGACGUCUUCUAUCGGUACGGCGGGCCCAGCAUUGUCAGCCUGACCUUCCAGUCCCUAGUCGGCGGCAUGGGCGGGUGGCGGGUGGUCGAGACGCUCGCGCGGACUGGUGGGUUCGGGGCCAAGGUUGCGAAGCGGCGCCUGCUGGAAACGUUCCAGCACAUCUUACAGGUCACCAAGGACCUGGACAGCAUUCAGCCCGGGGGCGAGGGCUUCGCAAGCAGCGUCAAGGUGCGCCUGCUGCACGCCAGCGUGCGGCGGCGGAUCCUCGCACUGGCGCGCGAGCGCCCCGGGUACUUUGACGUGGACGCCUGGGGCGUGCCCAUCAACGACCUGGACUGCAUCGGCACGGUGCUGAGCUUCUCGUCCGCGCUGAUCUGGAUCGGCCUGCCGCGGCAGGGCAUCUACCUGCGCGAGCAGGAGAUCGUCGACUACUCGGCGCUGUGGCGCUGGGUAGGCUACCUCCUCGGCACGCCGGCGGAUACCUGGCUCGUGGACUACCGCAGGUCGAAGGUCCUUUUCGAGUCGCUGAUCGAGGCGGACAUCAACCCCAGCGACAAGUCGGGCGUGCUGGCCAACAACAUCCUGACGGGGCUGAGCUGUCAGCCGCCGACGUUCGUGAGCCGCGAGUUCCUCUGCGCCGAGGCGUACUGGCUCAACGGGUGGGAGCUCUCGCGCGCCCUUGGGAUCGAGCGGCCUAGUCUCUGGCACCAGGCCCUGGUGGCAGGGCAGUGUCUCUACUUCAUGGGCACUUGCUACCUGUACCGGUCAAUACCGCAGUGGGAUGAGCGCAAGAAUGAGCGAGUCAGGAAGUUUUUCUACCACCUAACAGUUCACAACAAGGAGAUCGGCCUCGGGCGCGAGACCGACUUCGACUUCAAGUACGUGCCACAGCUAGGCCGGACCACGGAGCUGGGCCAGUUUGAGAGCUCGAGGCUGCGGAUCGGUUCAUCUGAGCGCCAAGGGCUGACGACGCUGGUUCUGGCCUCCGCGCUGGUCGCGGCCGUGGCUUGGUCUGGCUUCAGGGCUGCCACAAACCUCUUGGCCGUCGUGCACGUGGUUUCGUGA